AUGAAUAAAAUUGAGCCUAUUGAGGAAGAUAAUCUUUAAAUACCAAAAAAAUUACAUGAUGUAAAUUUGAACAAAAAUAAUACUGAAAGGUGCAGAAACUAAAGCAGUGACUUUUUUUUAAAUUCUGAAAUAAAUAACCAUGAGAAAGUUCAACAAAAUGAACACAGAGACAUAGAGAGUCCAAAAAAUGAUGUUUAAUAUAAUGAAUCGCAUUAUUAGUACCUAAAUCAAAACGAAAAUCCUCAAAAAUCUAACAAAAGUCACUCUAUUGCUCCUUCUAAAAAUUAAUAAUAAUGUAGAAUAUGUCUUUCAUACGUUUAAGAUGAAGAGGCUAAGCAUUUAGGUUAACUUUUAUCUAUUUGUGAUUGUAAAGGUUCAAUUUAGUAUGUGCAUUAUUUGUGUUAAAAAGACUUGUUAGAAGCUAAAAAUGGGAAAACAAUAAAAAUGAUAGUUUAUCAAGCAGAAAGACUGAGAAAUGAGCCUUCAAGAUAAAUAAUAUAGUAAAAAAAGAUAGAAAGAUAUAGAGGAAUAAAAUUUCAUAAAUGUGAUUUGUGUGGAUACAAUUAUGAAGUGGAAUGGAAAUCUUCUCUAAAGCUUAGACCUCUUUCACAUAUGAAAACAAAAAAGAAAUGCUACCUAUAUGCUUUUUGUGUACUAUUGGUUUCAUUCCUGUUACUAUUAUUUGGUUUAAUUUACAUUUCUCUGAUAGACUACAAUAAUUAUUCUAAAGUUUCUGAAACCAUUUUCACCUUCUUAGGAUACAUGCUUAUUAUUUUUGCUAUUAUUUCUAAUACUAUUAUCUUGCUUGUAGUAAGUUUUAGGCUAUUUUUAGUAAGAACCUAUUUUGUAAAAUCUAUUUAAAAGCAGAGAGUAAAAUGA